UGUUGUCGCUGGCUUCGUCGCGCGAGACACGGGGCCCGCGUCUGUUCCCUCCGCCCUUCUCCUUUCGCCUGGUCCGGGUCUCGGUGGCCCGGCGCCCGCCCGCCAUGGUGCGGUCGGCGCGCCCUGCGCGGCCCCGCUGAGCCUCCGUGCGGCGGCGAGCGCGGCUCGGGGUCACCAUGCCUACCCGAGUGGGUUGCUGCUGCUCUGCUCUGCGUCCUCGCUACAAACGCCUGGUGGACAACAUAUUCCCCGAAGACCCAAAAGAUGGCCUUGUUAAAGCGGACAUGGAGAAACUGACAUUUUAUGCGGUAUCUGCUCCAGAGAAACUGGAUCGAAUUGGUUCUUACUUAGCAGAGAGGUUGAGCAGGGAUGUUGUCAGACAUCGUUCUGGGUAUGUUUUAAUUGCUAUGGAGGCGUUGGACCAGCUUCUUAUGGCUUGCCAUUCUCAGAGCAUCAAGCCAUUUGUAGAAAGCUUUCUUCAUAUGGUAGCAAAGCUGCUAGAAUCAGGGGAACCAAAGCUUCAAGUUCUUGGAACAAAUUCUUUUGUCAAAUUUGCAAAUAUUGAAGAAGAUACACCAUCCUAUCACAGACGUUAUGACUUUUUUGUAUCUCGCUUCAGUGCCAUGUGUCAUUCCUGUCAUAGUGAUCCAGAAAUACGAACAGAAAUCCGAAUUGCUGGAAUCAGGGGUAUUCAAGGAGUGGUUCGCAAAACAGUUAAUGAUGAACUUCGGGCUACCAUUUGGGAACCCCAGCAUAUGGAUAAAAUUGUUCCAUCCCUGUUGUUUAACAUGCAAAAGAUAGAAGAGGUUGACAGUCGCACAGGUCCUCCUCCUUCCCCUUCUGCUGCCGACAAAGAAGAGAAUCCCGCUGUGCUGGCCGAAAACUGUUUCAGAGAACUGCUGGGACGAGCGACUUUUGGGAACAUGAAUAAUGCUGUCAGACCAGUUUUUGCGCAUUUAGACCAUCACAAACUAUGGGAUCCCAAUGAAUUUGCAGUUCACUGCUUUAAAAUUAUAAUGUAUUCCAUUCAGGCUCAGUAUUCUCACCAUGUAAUUCAGGAGAUCCUAGGACACCUUGAUGCUCGUAAAAAAGAUUCUCCACGGGUUCGAGCUGGUAUCAUCCAGGUUCUGUUAGAGGCUGUUGCCAUUGCUGCUAAAGGUUCCAUAGGACCCACAGUGCUGGAAGUCUUUAAUACUCUCCUAAAGCAUCUGCGUCUCAGUGUUGAAUUUGAAGCAAAUGACUUGCAGGGGGGAUCUGUAGGCAGUCCUAACUUAAACUCAAGUUCCAAAGACAAUGAUGAGAAGAUUGUGCAGAAUGCUAUCAUCCAAACAAUAGGAUUUUUUGGAAGUAACCUACCAGAUUAUCAGAGGUCAGAAAUCAUGAUGUUCAUUAUGGGGAGAGUACCUGUUUUUGGAACAUCCACCCAUACUUUGGAUAUCAGUCAACUAGGGGAUUUGGGAACCAGGCGGAUUCAGAUAAUGUUGCUGAGAUCUUUACUUAUGGUAACCUCUGGAUACAAAGCAAAGACAAUUGUUACUGCACUGCCUGGAUCUUUUCUGGAUCCUUUGUUAUCACCAUCCCUCAUGGAAGACUAUGAACUGAGACAGUUAGUCUUGGAAGUAAUGCAUAAUCUCAUGGAUCGCCAUGACAAUAGGGCAAAACUUCGAGGGAUCAGAAUAAUACCAGAUGUAGCUGACCUAAAGAUAAAAAGAGAAAAAAUUUGUAGACAAGACACAAGUUUCAUGAAAAAGAAUGGGCAGCAACUGUACCGCCACAUAUAUUUGGGCUGUAAAGAGGAAGACAAUGUUCAGAAAAACUAUGAGCUACUUUAUACUUCUCUUGCUCUUAUAACUAUUGAAUUGGCCAAUGAAGACGUGGUUAUUGAUCUCAUUCGAUUAGCCAUUGCUUUACAGGACAGUGCGAUUAUCAAUGAGGAUAAUUUGCCCAUGUUCCAUCGCUGUGGGAUCAUGGCGCUGGUUGCGGCGUACCUCAACUUUGUAAGUCAGAUGAUCGCUGUCCCUGCAUUUUGCCAACAUGUUAGCAAGGUUAUUGAAAUUCGAACUAUGGAAGCCCCUUAUUUUCUACCAGAGCAUAUUUUCAGAGAUAAGUGCAUGCUUCCAAAAUCUUUAGAGAAGCAUGACAAAAAUUUAUACUUUUUGACCAACAAGAUUGCAGAGUCACUAGGCGGAAGCGGCUAUAGUGUUGAGAGGUUGUCGGUACCGUAUGUACCCCAAGUCACAGAUGAAGAUCGACUUUCUAGAAGAAAAAGUAUUGUGGACACCGUAUCCAUUCAGGUGGAUAUUUUACCCAACAGCAUUCCUUCUGAUGAUGUGGUUAGUAACACUGAAGAAAUCACCUUUGAAGCAUUGAAGAAAGCAAUUGAUACCAGUGGAACGGAAGAACAGGAAAAGGAAAAGAGGCGUCUUGUGAUAGAGAAAUUCCAGAAAGCACCUUUUGAAGAAAUAGCAGCACAGUGUGAAUCCAAAGCAAAUUUGCUUCAUGAUAGACUUGCUCAAAUACUGGAACUCACCAUACGCCCUCCUCCCAGUCCAUCAGGAACACUGACCAUUACUUCUGGGCAUGCCCAGUACCAGUCCAUCCCAGUCUACGAGAUGAAGUUUCCAGAUCUAUGUGUGUACUGAGUGGCUCAUGAAGACCUCAGCGUAGGAUCUAAAGCCGAAAAAUGAAGGCCACGCUGAGUUUUCAGGGUUUACUUAAUGUGUAUUAACAUAAUGCUUGAGAAUAACAGUGAGACUUCUCUUCAACCAAACGCUUGGCACACACCACAUUAGAAAUGGUGGAGCCAUCCAUGAUUUAGAAUACUUUAGAAGAUGGAUUUCUUUUGCCGUUCCUGUUGGCUUUUGAAGUUGGACAUGUAUCGAUCUCCCAUUCCACAGUUAAGCAGUAUAUUUUAAACUUUUCACAAACAUGUAAUUUUAAAACAUAUGCCUCCAGAGGGUUGAAGAUGUAUGAAGUGUCUACUGUAUUUCUUAAACAUCUGCACAACUGCUUAGAAAUAGAAUUGCUUUUGUGUUUGUUUAUCUGCAAAAGCAAAUACAUACAAAUAUAUUGCUAAUCUUGGGGCUGCAAAACUGUUCUGUGGCUUGUUGUCCCCACGUUUUAGAUGUUGUGAUCUAUAACAACAUGUGAUAGGCAUUCCUCAACUUGUUUAUGGUAAUAAGACAUCUGUUGAGUAAUAGUCCCACAAUAUGACCAACCCUAAAAUCGCCAUACUUAAAAGUGUCUAGUUCUUGUAAUACUGUGUUUUCUGCCAAGAGUUUGACCAUUCUACUUGAGAGAAGCUUAGCGCUUACUCUUGGCAUACCAAACUGUGCAAUAUUUUUUUACAUCAUAAGAUGUAUUCGUUUACAGACUAUACUUUGAAAUUAUAGUAGUAUUUUGCUGUGGCUCCAUUAAUGAAAUCAGAUCUAUAUUUAGUGUAGGAAAAAAAGACUUUUAAAACAGCUACUAGUUCACCUGUGAAGAGUGUGUACAUUUUGAGUUCUAUCAAAAGCACAUUACUUACAUUUUUAUAUUAUGCAUUGUUUAAAAUCUUCGUAGUCAGAAAAUUCUCCAAAUGGACUUUUAAUUUGUAAGAUUUGAACUGUUCAGUUGUAUACAUUUGUUGAGGAUUUGGUGUAUUACAUUUGAAAAGAGUGCCUAUGGCUUUAGCAAUCGAGCGUGCUACGGAUCGUCAUUGUGAGCUUCUGUUGAUUUAAGUUCCCAAAGUUACAUGUGUACUCUACACACGUGCUCAGAGACCUGUAGUGUUUUCUCAAAAUUAUGUACAUUUUAGUGAAUUCCAUCACACAGCAAAAAUGAAUGACUUUCUUUGCAAGUCUUAUAAAAUUCUCAUAGGACAUUUUUAUAGAAUAACCUCUUUAUAAUUGUAUUGCCUUUUCCGAUUCAGUUUCUUUUUACAAAGAACAAUGUACAUAUCAAAAAUUGUAGCUCAAAAACUAAUUCAGUUUUUUUUUUAAAGAUUUUCAUUGCAUUUUAUUUUAUGACCACAGCAACAAUCAAAACUGCACUAGAAACAAAUUCUUAGCAAUAACACUAAUUCAGUUUUUAUCUUUUGUUUUUGUUUGAGAACCUACAGUGAGAAUGGCAGGUUUGAGUUUAUGAUUAUUAUGAUUAUUAGGCACCUGUACAAGAAACAGAAAGGUCAGGAAGUAACAAAAGAACAAGCAUACCCCAGAUUUUUUUAAUAAAUGAAGUACAGCAUCUUGAAACAUCUUUCAAAAUAGCCUAGUCAUUUAAACCCAUAAAAUGAUACUCAGCCCUCCUGGGCAGUGUGUUAAAUGUAGGUAAGCAAGACCUUGUUUCAGAAUGAUAGUGCAGGCGUUGAACGGCCUUCUUGUAGCUGUCACUGUAACUUUGCCUCUUGAGUGGGUAAAAUGUGUCGUCAUAUAAUAGGCCAAGUUUUCUGUUUUUUAUUUCCCUUUUUUUCUUCUUCUGUAUUUUUAAAGAAGUGUAUUAAUUUUUGUGCAUUUAACAAAAUCUCAGCAGGGGGACAUGCAAAAAAACAAUCAUCAUCCACUUGGAUGUCGUUUUAUAGAUUAACACUGUGUGCUUUUGUAUGAAAAAUAUAUAUAAUUGAAUAGUAUAAGUAAAGGAGAUCUAUAUUCAGUUGGACUCAUGCAAACAAACUUUACAGAAUUUCAUGUUUCUCUGUGGUACAAGAAAUGCAUGUAUUGCAUGUAAAGGAAAACCAUUUGAAUUAAUGUUGAUCACACCUUUCUUUUGGUCUGUUUGUAAACUGUUGAUGUGGGGUUUGCAGGGUUUUUUUCUUGUUGUUGUUUUUAAAUCACAGUAGACUUCUAUAUGUCCUAGAUGACUCAACUGGUCUUGUUAAUAAUGAUUCCCAAAAAGUGGGUCUUUUCUUUGGUUUGUCCUUUCCAGGAGAUUGCAGGACAUCCUGCCAGGUAAUGGGUGUGUGUUCCGUAUUCUAGCCAGUUUGGAGACAGAAAGUUUAGGAUUUGUUGAAGUUCACCAUAUGGCUAUAUUUUUGUAGAUAUUUAAAACUCUUAAUAAACUGUUAGUCAUUCUC